CAAACUUCAAUUUUUGGAAGCUGCAGCAGCUUUGGAACAACUGUUUGUUGUACGAUAAAAUAUAAAACACCCAGAAAGUAAAAUAAACGGAUGCAAUGGGAGGUAAUCCAGAAGAUGCGGACGGCAGCUACAGCGGUAUCAGCAGCGGUUUAUAUGCAUACGUUGGAAACAUUCCCAAGGCGGCCACUGAGGAUGAGCUGCGUAAAUUCUUCCAGGAGUGCAAAGGAAUAGUGGCGUUCAAGUUUCAGCUGGAAAGUUGCACCUAUUGCCCAACAAAGAUCGCUUUCAUACAGUUUUCCAACCGGCACGACGCCGGCAAGGCGUACCGACUGAACCAAACUUUUUUCCAAGGAAAGCGUAUUUUUGUUGCUAAUAUUGAUUCGGAGCAAAAUUUUACGCCAAAGUAUUCUGUUAUGGUUAAAAACUUAACCGAAUAUAUCACUGAAGAAGAUGUCUACAAGCAUUUCAAGCAUAUUGGCACGAUUGGUAAUGUCCAAAAGCCAGCCCGAAAUUAUGCGUAUAUUUCAUUCGAUCGCAGCGAAUCAGCUCAGCGAGCGUUGUCAUCCAAAAAUCGCAGUUUGAAAGGUGUUGAUAUUGACAUAUAUUCAGUGAAAAGAAAUAUAUGUAUGUUGCUUGAGAAGCCCAAACAUUUGCCCUAUCCAACUAUCAAAGAUAAAUGUGAUGCAUUGGGUUUGCGGUAUGAUAUACAAGCCGAAAUGGAAACAAAACUUUUUGUCACCAACAUUCCGCGGCAAGUGUCCGAGGAUGAAAUACUUGAAUAUUUGGGUAAAUUCGGGAAAAUUAUUGAUUGGGAAAUGCAAAAGUCUCCGAUUUCGGUGUUGACCAACAUUGGUUACGUGACCUACAUGAAGCCAUCGAACGCUCGCUUUGUGUACUUGUAUGGGCCGCACAAUUUUCAGGGCGUUGCACUGGACAUCUACAAUCCUCAUAUUACAUAUGGAGAGACCAAAUCAACCACCGCUGUUCUCCUCAAAAGAACCAACGUGUAUCUAACAAACGACGAAAUUUUUCAAGCAAUGAACGAAUGCGGUCGCGUUUCUUACAUCCAUCGCGUGGAUUCUCAAAGGUAUUGCACUAUCGUUCGCUUUCAAUUCUAUAUCUCCGUUAAACAAGCUUUGAAGAUGAAACGAAUUGCGGAUGAGAACGUUUACGUGACGCAGUAUUCUGACCAGAGUUACGUAACGGACAUUGAACCGAUUCCAGAAUCAAUGCCCAAGGGCAGUAGUCGCAUACACAAGGAAGCUGCACUGCGCAAAAUAAUUGAGGCCGAAGAUCGUGCAGAAUUGACGCGCCUGCAAACCCAACCCAACGAAUCGUAUUCAUCACCAAACCCAGACUGCUUCAAGAAUGAAGUACAAAUGAUGAACUAUCCCGAUGCACAGACACCAACUCAGCUGAAAGAUUAUUUCAAAAAGUGUGGUGAUGUGAUAAACUUUCGCGAGAUUUUCCAUGAUCAAUUCAUUAAAGUGGGAUUCCUAAGUUUCAAUACACGUCUGGAGGCAAGGCGGGCCUGCUCGAUGAACCAAAACUUCAUGAAUGGAAAACGUUUGCUUCUUCAUAUGGCGGACGAGAGUUUGUACAUAGACGAAGAUCUUUGCGUUGUUGUAACCGACCUAACCAGCACAGUGACCGACGAGGACAUUUACGAUCGGUUCAAUGACAUCGGAAACGUGAAAUUCGUGCUUCGCGAGACUGUCGCGAGAGCUACUGUAUGUAUGGAACAGAAGCGUUGGUUGGGGCAAAUUCUGAAAGUAAAUUUGAUUGGAAGGUGUAAAGUUAAAACCAGACGAAUUCAGAAUGUUUCUAAAGGACCCAUUCUUGGUAUUAUGACUGCAGGAGGACAGUUCGGGCCAACCGGCCCCAUGAUGGGUCGCAAUGGGCCGAUGAUGGGUCCCAAUGGACCAAUGGUGGGUCCCAAUGGACCGAUGAUGGGGCCCAAUGGACCGAUGAUGGGUCCUAAUGGGCCGAUGAUGGGUCCCAAUGGACCAAUGAUGGGACCUAAUGGGCCGAUGAUGGGUCCCAACGGACCGAUGAUGUGUCCCAAUGGGCCAAUGAUGGGUCCCAAUGGUCCGAUGAUGGGCCCCAACGGACCGAUGAUGGGCCCUAAUAGACCAAUGAUGGGUCCAAAUGGACCAAUGAUGGGUCCCAAUGCUCCAAUGAUGGGGCCCAGCAGAUCAAUGAUGGGUCCGAAUGCCCCGAUGAUGGGAUCUAAUGGACCAAUGAUGGGUCCAAAUGGGCCAAUGAUGGGUGGUCCGAUGAUGGGUCCCAAUGGUCCAAUGAUAGCGUCCAAUGGCCCUAUGAUGGGUCCGAAUGGACCGAUGAUGGGUCCAAUUCCACCGCAAGGUCCAAUUGUUACUCCAGCAAUGCGACGCCUGAUGCAAACUAUUGAGCGUCAAAUGAUCGGCACUCAGGCUUUUUCUUCAUUACCUAUGAUUGAUCAGUUUCAGCUUGUACAUGGAAUCGUUAAUCAAUUACUCAAUGUUCCCAAUUUCGUAAGCAUGAGCUCAGACGACAAAAUUCGUUAUCUUAUUAGUGGCCAGAACGGUUUCAGUUGUGCUCACACGUUCACACUGUUCACGUAUCCUCAGCAGCAGCAACUACUUUCGUUGAUUUAUACUGAUUACAUGAACACAAUAAACACUCCAGCGAAUCCUAGCGUGGUAACUUCGGCCAUAAUAAAUAUUCCCGUUCAACAAACACAUGCACACGCGGAAGCUGAUAUAUCAAACGCUAUGAAGGAUGAUGAAACCAUGGCUCCGUGGCAGAAAAAACCUGCCACAUCUGUGGCAUCGACCAGCUUCGGCAACGGCGAAAGUGUGAAACAAUUUGAUGUGGUGUCUGCACAAGACAGAUUUGAAGAAGCAACGCGAUUGCAAGCAUCUAUCCAAGAUAACCAGAUAGAUCAAGAAGCAGAUGCGUCAUCAAGUAGCUCAGAUUCGGAUCAUAUCCCACCAGCACCGGAACCACCACAAUUCAAUCCUACCAGAUCCCGCUCGAUAUCGCCUCCGACAUUACCUCCUCAGCUGAACAGAGUGCAAUCACCAAGCUCAUUCUAUCGUAGGUCACGUUCACGGUCGGUUUCUCGAAGUCGUCUGUCCCGUUCUCGUACACCCGCAUCACUCCCACGAAAUCUGAGUCCAUUCUCGAGCGCGUUACUUUCUAGUCCUUUGUUACGAUACAACCGAUCUCUAUCAAAAUCGCCACAAAAGUCAAGUCCAUUACGAGGCAAAUACCGUCACGAAUCGCCAACCCGCAAAAAAAGAGCGUCCAGAUCACGUUCACCUUACUCAUACCAGACGCGUCACGUUUCCCCCAAAGGAAGCAGUCGUUACCGCAACCAUUCUCGAUCCCGGUCGCCUGAAAGGCUUCGAUGUAGUCCGUCUAGAAGUUUUGAAAAACGGUACCAGAAACUAUCGCCCCCACGAAAACAACGGAGCCGCUCUCCCCUGUGGGAUGAUGAAAAGUCUACGCAGGCUAAGUCGAGCGAACAAUAUCCAAUAGGAGCAUCCACGGAUAUAUUUGUUGGUAAUCUACCCCUGGAUGCGACCGAGAGCGAGGUGUCCUGUAUUUUUAGCAGAUUCGGUCAAAUUGUAGCGCUCAAAAUUCCUGCGCACAACGUCGGCACGAAGAGGGCCUAUAUGAGGUUCGACACGUUCGACCAGGCGGUGAAGGCGUUUGAAAUGCAUCUCCGGCAGUAUCGUGGACAUCUGCUGCGGGUUGCGUUCACCAACAAGCGCCACAGGGAGCGACCCGGGUAUGCGGUUAACGUAAGCGUUGGAGGGUAUUAUGACGAAAUCUCAAUAUAUGACACGUUCCGAAUGUGCGGUGACAUUACGUACGUGUGGACGCGGGUGUACAACGGUAAAUCGUACUGCGUUCUGGAUUUCAAACAUCCGGACGCGGUUAGAGCCGCUCUCGAGACUCACAAGCUGCUGGACGGAACCAAGUGCAAGGUAACGGCAAUUCUUUGAGCGCAAUGAAUCUUUCGCGAUAACGGGGGCUUUCCGGCGAAAGUGGCUAUCUACCGAUGGCGGUCGCCAUAGUGGAAGCGUGUGCUUUCGGCUAUCGGUAAGUAAUUUGCGCUGCUCUAGAAUUUAAAUAAGCCGCAAUAGUUUCGUCGGGUUCAUGCAACCGUAGCGUAUAUCUAGACUAUUCUUACACGAGAGACACUUCCGAAGAACUGGAAUAUUGUAGUUUUAAUUGUAGGUUAAGAUUUCCCUUUAUAUCGACUAUUGUUUAGCAUUAGUGAGCCUACGAGGAAGAGUAAAAGAAAUUCCUUGAUUCAUCUGACACAUUAGUCUUAUCUAGGAUUGGCUUGGAUCGAGCACCCGAGCAAUGUAGGAAAAAAAACAUGUAGAGGUUGGAUCUGAUAAGUUGUUUGUUUACUAAGCUGAAUAAGCAUAAGUGAUACAUUGAUCAUGUAUUUUAAAGAGGAAAAAAACAUUUUAGUUGUAAGAGUAGUUUGUGAUAAUUUAAGUCGUUAGGCGUUAGGUUUCUUUUACCUUAUAUGCAGUUUCUUUUACUCUAUAUGCAGUGCAGUACUAGAACGUAAUGUAAUAAAAGGCAGAGGCGUUUACUAUUAAAUGUUGUUUGGAUAUAUCUAAUCAGAUUAUUCAUAGUGCAAGUUUCGCUAGCAUAAAUAGGAACAUUCCUUGUAUUGGCGCAUAGGAUUACUUUACUUAUCUUGCAGGGCAAACAAUACGAUUAGGAACGAUUUGACUAUAAUUAUCUGGUAAUGAGCAGAAAAUAUAUAGAAAGAGAGAAUAAUAAGAUAGGAAUUUUAUCUUGCAUAUGUCAAAAGUUCCGCAAUACACUGAUAAGCACUACUAACAUGCUGAAAGGCUUUGAUUAUGUAUGUAUAUAAAAAUGAAAUGUUUGCCAGAAAACAUUGCCACACUUAUGGAAUAUCAUUAAUAAGUUGGAGAAACUGCAACUACAAUGUAAUGUUGUUACUCAUAGAAUAUUAUAGGUUAAGAAAUUUCUAAAUAAGCUAAUUGAAAUUCGUUUAAACCUCUAGCAUACUAACUUGAACCUACAGUACUUUGGUAAUUCCUAACAUAAUAAUUCUAUUCGUAAUAAACGAUCUCUUCUUAUAUUGAGGAUAAAGUGGAUAUGGAAAAUAGGCAGACGUUUUUGUUUAGUUGAUAAUACAAAACAAAUGGAAUCCCAGCUACUUUUAAACAAUCAACCAUGGCAUUUCUAGUUGGGAUCAACCGAAAAUAGAGGGAUGUAGCUAUGAAUGGAGGGUAUUCACAAUGUUUUGUGGAACAAGUUUUGCCUCGUUGGUAGGUCGACACACCAAGCAAUAAUGAUCGGAAGAACAGGAUUCGGCCAAAUGUCAGAAAAGGUGCCGCAUCAGCUUGUAAUUCGAUCAAACCGUUUCACCAUUACGUCGGAACUUUAGGGGGUUUUAGAUGACAGUUCUGAGCUGAAACUGCGCUCUGAAUAAUCCGGUCAUAGCGUAUAUAUUGCGUAUAUCUUAAAUGUAUGCAAAUAGUUACCAUCUUUUAGAACUUUAAGGUUAGUAUCGUGGAUAAUAUACACAGGAUUCAAUUAUUUCUUAAGAGGUCAAUUGAAGCAAAGAAAAGGACGAUAACAUCGGUUGAAGUUUUCUGGAAAAUGGCAGCGGUAGCAGAAAAAAAAAAAUUCAUCGAGAAGAUGCAUUCGCACUAAACUUAAAAAAUUCAUGGAGAGUGGUUUUCGUUCAACGAAAAGUUUGAGUGAAUGCCCAUCCUUUACAUUUAUCGCGCGUAAAAAAAAUCACCGAGGUACUGAGAGGAGCAAUUGAGAGUGAACCGAGUAAUGGACUUGAUGUGAAUCUUUCGGUAGCAACAUUUUGAUACACAAAACACGGAUUCGUACUUUUAAAAUUGACCACCAUUUUCUGGAAUUCGUGUAGGGUAAGUAUGAAAAAUUGUAUAUUUGAAUAAGCAGUAUAUCCCGACAUUUCCAUAAGUGAAAUGCAGGGAGAAACACAAAAAAGCUAAUAAUUUUAAGAAGUAGAUUUAAGAAGCACACAUCUACCAACCACACAUUUUUUCUACAAAUUCAGUAAUCGAUCGUCCAACAACAGACGCAAUGACGCAACAAUACCACAAUUUUUAUUGUCAGCAGUUCAGCGGUAAUCAUUAAACGUAGAAUUCACUUGUAGAUCUUAUUCUUGAUUCAAGAAUAGAUUUGGAUAAGAUUUACGAGCGACAUAUCAGACUGUUCAACAUGUUGCUAGCACCACCCGAGAGGAAUAGGCGAGCCACGCAAUAAUUUUACUCCUGUUUGUAACUUGUUGUGUUUUAUUCAUAAGAAUGAUGACUAUUUCUACUAAACACUACAAUUGAAUUAAAGUGAAUAUACUAACAAAUUUUCAUUGUUCUCGCUUAGAUGCAAACCUGGGGCGCUCACACUUGGAUGCUGAAUUUGUGAAAUCAACAGUGGCCGAUGGUGCAUAAAAUGCAUGGCAGAGUACACAUUGCAUAUCAGGAACAAAAACUUAAAAUCGAAGAAGCAUUUGUGGAAGGAAUAAAUUGUGAAAUUUUA